AUGAACAUGAAACCCGACGAUUGGGGCUUCAUUUUCAAGGUCAUUGUCACGCCUAUCAUCGCUUUAAUAGGGAUUGUUGGAAACUGCCUCUCCUUCAUGGUGAUGAAAACAAGGAUGUUGCGGGAAAAGUCAUACAGCCAUUACCUUUGCGCAUUGGCAGUGUUCGACAGUUUGUCCCUAAUAGCGGUUCAAGUCAAAACAACAGAUGAACUGCUAUACUACCUUCACAAGCCAAGUCUGUUCACCUACUUCACCGACGCCGGAUGUAAACUAUAUGUAUUCACUGAAUGCAUGUGUUAUUUAAUGUCGUCCUGGCUUAUUGUGUGUAUGGCUCAGGAAAGAUUAAUCGUUGUGUUCAUGCCCUUCAAGAAGCAUGUGUUGUGCACUCAGCGUGGAGCCGUGGUGAUCAUUCUAGCUAUAUUUGUUAUCAUGUCCUACACUCAGAUGUUCCGUCUAAUCAUGGUUACCAAGAUAGGAGACAAGUGUGAAGGCCGGCCGGAACUGUCCGCUAUUUACACGUCUCUCCAUGUGUAUUUUUACCAGUUUGCGCUGUGUUUCAUUCUUCCUAUCCUUAUCGUGUCCAUCUGUAACAUAUCUGUUCUGUGUAAGAUCAGGAGCGUCAGUCGGGCAAUGGCGGAUGAGAACUCGUCGUCCACGAGAUUAACGCGAGGAGCGGCGAGACGUCAUAAAACCACGAUGAUGCUUCUGACAAUCUGCUUCAUGUACAUCACCACCCUUUUACCAGUAAUCACAGUCACGAUGAUAGUGUUUGUUUACCUGAAUAUUUACCCCUCACAUGCACCUUCGGUUUUUGUCAACAUCACGCCUUGGACACAUGUUGCUACAGUCGUGUCACAAAUUAAUUACGCAGCAAACUUUUUCAUAUAUGUUGUGUCAGGUAAAAACUUCCGUGUUGAACUCAGAAGAAUAUUUUCAAGGGAAAGAGGAAGUAACCUUAACAGCUCCAAGACACGAGAGGAGAUAAUGCUACUCUGAUACCCUACAUCUCAUGCUAUAUCCGGGGUUUGCAGAGGCCGGGAAAAUAUCACUUUAUGAUUCAUGAAUAUUUUCAGUAUGAUUGGGAACAACGGAUAACGAGUAAUGUAUUUGUCUGUCAUUAAUCAUUCUAAAUGUUUUACAUUAUCUCGUUUGGAGUGGGGUUUCUGGUAAUGGACAAUUGGAUAGGUGGCGUGAAGCUGAUGCUUGGAUACGUUUUCUUUUAUGGCUUUACGUCAUGUGUUUCUUAAACUAUUUCUUUAUAUGUUUAUACUUAUUCUAAUAAUGGUUACAAAUCUGUUUGGGAUGGUAAUUUGGAUGAUUUAUGCUAUUUUGGUCUUGUGGUAUUUCACAGAAAUACACAUAUUCAGUAGCAUUUAACAGACUAAUUACAAACGGUAAUGAAUUGACAACUUUUUCAUUUUCAGGCUGUGAGUAAUAUUUGGAAAAUGGUCAAUCAUAACAUGAUAAUCAUCAUUAUUAGCACAAACAUAAGCCGUUCAUGUGAUACGUUGUGUCGGUUUCUUUUAUUGAAUGCAUAUGUUUAUGUCCAAUACCAAAUGUUACUGUGCAAACUGUUUUGACAUUUGAAUUGAAGAAUUGAAUUUGAUUGAAUUGAAUUUGUUCUUGAUAGUUACGUUCUAUAUUUCAUAUAUAUUGAAUUUUAGUGCAUAGUUGACCGGUGAUAAUUGGUGAUUACUUUUGAUCUUGGCAGUUAUGUGAGUGUAUGUUACAUAACAUGUUGAUUGUGCCUCUUGACUUUGCUCAAUCCUUCCUAUACGUCGUACGUAUGUCGUACGUAUAUAAUUAUAUUAUUGUGCAAAUGUCCGUAUGUGGGAAUGUAACCGGUGCAACAGUUGUGACAUCAUUCAGGAAAUCAAUUUCCAUUACACAUGUUCGACGGUUUAGUGUUGCUUAUGAGGAGGUGCACCAGCACCCAUGCAUGCUCUUGUAAUACUUGAUCAACACAACCAAUAACAAGGAAGUAUGAAGGCAUAUUCAU